AUGGCAGGCAUGAGUGCGACAGGUCCUCGGUCGGCCUCUGCCGGACCGGUUCAACAAGGACUUAAAGAAGCCCUGAUUGAUACGUUAACGGCUAUCCUGUCCCCGGUUCAAGAAGUGCGAGCAGCCGCUGAGGAGCAAAUAAAAGUGUUGGAAGUGACAGAGGAGUUUGGAGUCCACCUUUCAGAGCUAACUGUGGAUCCUCAGGGAGCUCUGGCCAUUCGUCAGUUGGCCUCAGUCAUCCUGAAGCAGUAUGUGGAGACCCACUGGUGUUCCCUGUCUGAGAAGUUCAGGCCCCCAGAGACCACAGACCGGGCCAAGGCAGCCAUCAGGGAGCUUUUGCCUGGGGGUCUCAGGGAGGCCAUCAGUAAGGUGCGGUCCAGCGUGGCCUACGCUGUGUCGGCCAUCGCCCACUGGGACUGGCCCGAAGCCUGGCCUCGGCUCUUCACCCUUCUCAUGGACAUGUUGGUCAGCGGUGACGUCAGCGCAGUGCACGGGGCCAUGAGGGUCCUCACAGAGUUUACCCGUGAGGUGACAGAUACUCAGAUGCCUCUGGUGGCCCCAGUAAUUCUGCCUGAGAUGUACAAGAUCUUCACCAUGAUGGAGAUCUACAGCAUCCGUACCCGCUCCAGAGCCGUGGAGAUCUUCACCACCUGUGCCUAUCUUAUCUGUGCGAUAGAGGAGCUGGAGAAGGGUGCGGCCAAGGCCCUGAUCUUCCCCGUAGUGCAGCAGUUCACUGAGGCAUUCAUUCAGGCCCUGCAGAUGCCUGAUGGACCCUCCUCAGACAGCGGCCUCAAGAUGGAGGUCCUCAAGGCUGUGACUGCUCUAGUGAAGAACUUCCCCAAACCCAUGGUUUUGUCCAUGCAGCAGAUCCUGCCCAUCGUCUGGAACACCCUGACAGAGAGCGCUGCUUUUUAUGUCAGAACAGAAGUCAACUACACAGAGGAGGUAGACGACCCCAUUGACUCUGACGGUGAGGUUCUGGGCUUUGAGAACCUGGUGUUUAGUAUCUUUGAGUUCAUCCACACGUUGCUGGAGAACAGCAAGUUCAAGAGCACUGUGAAGAGGGCUCUGCCUGAGCUGAUCUACUACAUCAUUGUCUACAUGCAGAUCACCGAGGAUCAGAUCAAGGUGUGGACGGCCAACCCCCAGCAGUUUGUGGAGGACGAGGAUGACGACACCUUCUCCUACUCCGUCAGGAUCUCAGCCCAGGACCUGCUGCUGGCUGUGGCGACAGAGUUCCAGAACGAGAGUGCGGCAGCGUUGGCGGCGGCAGCGACGAGACACCUGCAGGAAGCAGAGCAGGCCAAGAACAGUGGCAACGAACACUGGUGGAAGGUCCAUGAGGCGUGUUUGUUAGCUCUGGGCUCAGUAAAGACCAUCAUCACAGAGAAUGUGAAGAGUGGCCGUGUUCAGUUUGAUAUGCACGGCUUCCUGGCUAACGUCAUCCUGGCUGACCUCAACCUCACAGCGGCCUCUCCAUUCCUGCUGGGCCGUGCCCUUUGGGCAGCCAGCCGCUUCACAGCAGCCAUGACCCCUGAGCUCAUCCAGCAGUUCCUCCAGGCCACCGUCAGCGGCCUGCACGACAGCCAACCUCCCUCGGUCCGCAUCUCAGCUGUACGCGCCAUCUGGGGGUACUGUGACCAGCUGAAGCUGUCCGAGAGUACCCAUGUCCUGCAGCCGUUCCUGCCUGCUGUUCUGGACGGGCUGGUGCAGCUGGCAGCCCAGUUCAGCGCUGAGGUUCUCACCCUGGUCAUGGAGACCCUGUGUAUCGUCUCCACCGUGGACCCAGCCUUCACCACCAGCGCAGAGAACAAGAUCUGCCCCCUCACCAUCGCCAUCUUCCUCAAGUAUAGUAACGACUCAGUGGUGGCGUCUCUGUCCCAGGACAUCUUUAAGGAGCUGGCCCAAAUCGAGGCUUGCCAGGGACCCAUGCAGAUGCGCCUCAUCCCCACCCUGGUCAGCAUUAUGCAGGCCCCCCCUGACAAGAUCCCCUUCGGCAUGUGUGCAACAGCCAUAGACAUCUUGACCACAGUGGUCAGAUACACCAAAACCCCGCUCUCUGAGAUGCUGGUCUGCCAGGCCUUCCCUGUGGUGGCCCAGUGUACCCUCCGCACAGAUGACAACACCACCAUGCAGAACGGUGGUGAGUGUCUGCGGGCGUAUGUGUCGGUGGCCCUGGAGCAGGUGGGCCAGUGGAGGGACACGGAGGGCCACAGUGGUCUGUGGUACGUGAUGCAGGUGGUCAGCCAGUUACUUGACCCUAGGACAUCAGAGUUCACUGCUGCCUUCGUGGGCCGCCUGGUGUCUACGCUGAUCGCCAGCACCGAGCUGGGAGAGCAGCUGGACCAGAUCCUCAGAGCCAUCCUCAGCAAGAUGCAGCAGGCCGAGACACUCAGUGUCAUGCAGUCUCUGAUCAUGGUGUUUGCCCACCUGGUCCACUCUCAGCUGGAGCCUUUGUUGGAGUUCCUGUGCAGUCUGCCGGGCCCCACAGGGAAACCGGCCCUGGAGUUUGUCAUGGCCGAAUGGAUGAGCCGACAGCACCUCUUCUACGGACAGUAUGAGGGCAAAGUCAGUACGGUAGCCCUGUGUAAGCUUCUGCAGCACGGCCUCAAUACAAACGACAAGCGUCUCCAGGACAUCGUUGUCAAGGGUGAGGAGGUCUUCGGCCCUGACGAGGGCAUCCGCACACGCUCCAAAUCUGCCAAGCAUCCAGAGAAGUGGACCAACGUUCCGUUGCUAGUGAAGGUCUUUAAGUUGAUUGUCAAUGAGCUGUCAUCAGUGGUGGAGGCCAAUGCAACCAGAGCUGCCGCAGCAGACUGGAGUCCAGAUUCAGUACGAAUGUGGGAGGAAGAGGAGGAGGAGGAUGAUGAGGAGGAUGAAGGGCUGACCGGGCAGCUUCUCUCUGACCUCAUCGCUUCCAACAAAUAUGAUGAAAACUACUAUGAGGAGGAUGAUGAGGAGGAUCCAGAUGCCUUGAAGGACCCCAUAUAUCAGAUAGACCUCCAGGCCUACCUGACAGAUUUCCUGAUCCAGUUUUCCCAGUCUCCGUGCUACAGCAUGUUCUCUGGCCACCUCAACGAUGCUGAGAGGAGAGUCCUGCAGUCUAUCAGCAUCUAAACCUGCCCCCAUCAUCCCCUUUCCUACAUCAACCCUACCAUAACUCUCUCGUUCAAUCCCUCUCGCUCACCAACCAAUUACCAACCCCUGAGUGGGGAAAAGGCUCUGAUUGGCCAGGUGGUUGUUGAUGCUUUACCUCCAUCUCCAAGAGAGGAACAUGGACGGACGGGGGAGAAGAGACAGACUUGCACUUACCCAUGAGAGUCUUCUGACUGAAAGGAUGGCCAGGAAAAUACUGCAGAUUUGGGAAGGUUGAGGUUAGAUUUAGGGGAGUGAGGGACACCCAGGUUUGUUCCGAGAUAGGACUGGGAGACAGUUGUGGAGUGACCUCCUUAGUUUCUCCUCGCUCCUCUGCCCUAUUGGACUUGUCGGGGACGUUGGGAUGUGAGAGGGGUUGAUGUUUUACAAUGGGAGAAGCAGGCAGGGCAACUAUGAUAUAUGAACUCUGUCUUUACUGUGUCCGGUUUUUAACUCAACCCACUUAUUUUUGUGCGUCUGUAAAAAAAAAAAAAAAAUGUAACCUUCCAAGAGGCAAAAGAGACUUCAUGAUGACGGAAAGACAAAGAUAAACCUCUGAGACAAAGAAACAUUGGUGGCCUUAUUGACUUCUGAUUGGGAUGAAAACCUUGAGGACUUCCGGUCCCGACUGGGGACUGGGUGGGUAUGAGGGAUUCAGACUGUUGCCAUGGUGACUCAAAGCCAUGUAAUUUCAUUGUACCCACUGGAGUUGGGAUGAAAGUCUAAAUAAAAGUCCCAACAGGACACCAUUUUAAGUUUCCAUUGUUAUUUGGUCACUUUCCCAGGUAGUGAGAAUGUGAGUACAAAAUGUGAGUACAUAGUCUAUAUGUUACCAAAUCCAAAUGUUUGUCAUAGUUGUCAGUUCAGUUGUUUGUUUGACCUUUCACUUAGGGCCUUGAAGUGUUUGACACUUUGUAAUCUCUUACCAGAAGAAUUUGGUGUGUUUCUUCCACAAUUGUGCUGUCAUAAGUGUUGGCUGUCUCUCAGUAAAUGCCUCUUCUGAAAUGUGAUUUACAAUGAAUGCAAAGCUGGU